UCAUAGUAAUAGCCAUUUGCUGGCCAAGCACGUUUUCUGACAGUUAACUGUUGAAUAUACAUAUACUUCUGGACCGUGUAUUCAAUGUUGUCCAGGUUCUGGUCUCGGAUAUGGAAAAGGAAACCGACGAGGAUGGGAUUCGAACUUUCGCGUACACAGUUAAAAGCAGUACCGAUGUGCCGUUUUAACCACUUAGCCGCACCACCAUGGAUCUACUCAAAGGGAAUUUGUUCCUUAUCAUCGGUGGUGAACCUCGGAUUCAAGAUGGUGGAUUCUCAGUACUACCUCCCAAAUGACAUUGGCAUCUCUGCACUUGACUGUGGCGAGGCCUUCCGUCUGCUCUCCCCUCAGGAGAAGAAGUAUGCCCACUACCUGUCAAGAGCUGCCUGGUAUGGUGGUCUGGCAGUGUUGCUGCAGACUUCGCCUGAGUCGGCUGAAAUCUUCGUCUUGUUGCAAAGACUCUUCAGGAAGCAGGCACCCUCACAGUUGGCACAGGUCGCCACAGCAGCUGGACUAAGCUCUGAGGAGUAUCAGGCCUUCUUGGUGUAUGCAGCAGGUUUGUAUGCCAACAUGGGAAACUACAAGUCAUUUGGAGACACCAAGUUCAUCCCAAAUCUGCCCAAGGACAAGCUGGAGGCUCUGGUGAAGGCCAGCCAGGCAUUUCAGGAGCAGCCUGCUGAGAUGGAGGCUCUUUGGAACAGCUGCUCGUGUCUUCUGUAUUCUCUGGAAGACAAACUGAAACAGCUGGGUCUGGGCGACAAGGGAAUUACAACCUACUUCUCAGGAAACUGCUGUUUGGAGGAUGCUGAGCUGGCUCAGAAGUUCCUUGAUUCACAAAAACUCUCGGCGUACAACACUCGUCUGUUUAAGCGAAACAAUGGAGAUAAAGCUUGCUACGAGGUGCGCUUGGCUUCAGCUGUGAAAGCAGAUUGUGCAGCUGAAGGGGAAUGCGAGUCAUGCUGCGGCAACUUCAACUUCGAGGACAAAGAGUUCACUGUGAAGAGGGGAGACUAUGCUCCACUCAUGGAGAAAGUCUGUUAUUAUCUCCAACAAGCACAGACCCACGCUGCCAAUGAGAACCAGAGGAAGAUGCUUGAAGAGUACAGACGGAGCUUCACCCUCGGCUCAGUUGACGCUCACAAAGAGGGCUCACGCUAUUGGAUCAAAGACAAAGGACCAAUUGUUGAGAGUUACAUAGGAUUCAUAGAGAGCUACAGAGACCCAUUUGGCUCCAGAGGAGAGUUUGAAGGUUUUGUUGCUGUGGUGAACAAGGCGAUGAGCGAGCGCUUUGCUAAGCUGGUGAGCUCAGCAGAAGUCCUGCUUCCGGAGCUGCCUUGGCCCAGAGAGUUUGAGAAGGACACUUUCCUUAAACCCGACUUCACCUCGCUGGAUGUUCUCACAUUUGCUGGAAGUGGAAUACCAGCCGGCAUCAACAUCCCCAACUACGAUGACAUCAGACAGUCGGAGGGCUUUAAAAACGUGUCACUAGGAAACGUGCUUGCUGUUGCUUAUUCCACACAGAAAGAAAAACUCACCUUCCUUGCAGAAGAUGACAAGGAUUUGUUCAUUAAGUGGAAGGGUCCAUCAUUCGAAGUGCAGGUCGGACUUCAUGAGCUGCUGGGCCAUGGAAGCGGCAAACUGUUUGUCCAGGAUGACCAAGGCAAAUUCAACUUUGACCAAAGCAAAGUGGUCAACCCAGAAACUGGAGAGCCGGUGUCCAGCUGGUAUCGAGGCAGCGAGACAUGGGACAGUAAAUUCUCCACAAUUGCUUCCUCUUAUGAAGAAUGUCGUGCUGAAUGUGUCGGACUCUACCUGUGUCUCAAGAAACAGGUACUCAGUAUCUUUGGCCAUGAAGGCCAGGAUGCAGAGGAUGUGGUGUACGUCAACUGGCUCAGUAUGGUCAGAGCUGGACUCUUGGGCCUGGAGUUUUACACACCUGAGAGCAAGAGCUGGAGACAGGCUCACAUGCAGGCUCGAUUUGUGAUCCUGUGUGUUCUUCUGGAGGCCGGGGAGGGCCUGGUCAGCCUGGAGGAAAUCACGGGGCAGGACGGCAAGCCUGACGCUCAGAUCACAGUGGACCGAAGCAAGAUCCACACUGUGGGCAAGAACGCCAUCCACAGCUUCCUCUGCAAACUGCAGAUCUUAAAGUCGACAGCGGACGUGGAAGGAGGAAGAUUUCUGUACGACUUCUACUCCACCGUCAGCGACAGCGGCGCUCACAACUUCCUGCGUCUCCGUGAGACGGUGCUGCUCAGGAAGGAAACGCGAAAGUUGUUUGUCCAGGCCAACACCAGAGUCAAUGGUGAAAAUGUGGACCUGGUGGAGUACGAAGGCAGCGUAGCAGGUUUGAUUUCCUCCUUCACUGAACGCUUCCAGGAUGACGCAGAUCAACUGGAGGCUAACCUUCUGGAGAUGAGCAAAAACGAUUCCCCCUGCUGGUCUUGAUGGACAUUCAAUCCAUAGGUUUCAAAUAUGUCCACUCUUUUUCUUAGCCAUAUGUGAUAAAAGUGAAAGUCAGUGGACACAAAACUGCAAAUGAACACAAAUUGUUUUAGAUGAAACACCUGAAGAGACAGGAACUAUCUGAUUUGGUGCAACAUCAUCACACGUUUAGAAAACACAUUUUUCUAAUGAAAUGUUUUUGCAAACUGUUAAUUAAAUCAUGCCAACUGGAAGUUAAAAUGCUGGCAUUUCUGCAAGGUUCUGUCGGUCACUCUUUAGCUAUGGCAAGGUCAAAAUGUGGCUCAUCUAUCAGUAAUCGUCCAAUCUGGGUGUAGAUGCUUAUUUGAAUGCUUAAGAACGGUUCAUGUUAACUGCCAAGGUAAAAUAAGUCUCCAUCUUAACUUUCUUUUGCCAGGUUUGGUUGAAAGAGUUAAGUACUUGACUGUAUGGUAUAUUGUUAUGACUGGGAGGCUUAACAACGGUUAAGGAUGUGAUAUUGAAUCUACAAAAAAUAAAAGCUGUUUGAUA